AUGCGCCGCUUCACUCCGCCGACCUACGCUGCCGUCUUGGCCGCGCCGCGUGUCCGUGCUGCUGCCGGCACCUCGACCGCAGUUGCGCCCGCCGUCAAGACGGAGGAGCGCAAUGAGGCCGACACGGUCUUUGCCGAGCUCGAGCAGAAGCUCGCCGCGCGUCGCUCGGUGCCCUGCGCCCUUGACAGCGUCGACGCCAGCACCUCGACCGCACUUGCGCCCGCCGUCAAGAUGGAGGAGCGCAAUGAGGCCGACACGGUCUUUGCCGAGCUCGAGCAGAAGCUCGCCGUGCGCCGCCGCCGCCGCGUGGCCAAGCUUCCAACACGCUCCGCCGUCGACGCCGCGCCGCCGCGCUCUCUCGAGCCCGCUGCUGCGACGGCAUCGCACGCCACCAACGACGUGCCGACACGCUCCGCCGUCGACGCCGUGCCGCCGCGCUCUGUCGAGCCCGCUGCUGCGACGGCAUCGCAGGCCACCAACGACGUGCCGACACGCUCCGCCGUCGACGCCGCGCCGCCGUGCUCUCUCGAGCCCGCUGCUGCGACGGCAUCGCACGCCAUCAACGACGUGCUGAUGCGCUCCGCCGUCGACGAUGUGCCGCCGCGCUCUCUCGUGAAGCGCAAAGCGGCCAUGAACGAGGCGGACUCGCGCCGCGGCGGCAGGCGCCACCAGCGCGCACUUCAUGCCGUCACUGCCUCGUCGUCUGCCGCCACUGCCUCGUCGUCUGCCGCCGCUGCCUCGUCGUUUGCGGCAACAGCGGCCAUGGACUCGCGCCGCGGCGGUGAGCGCCACCAGCGCGCACAGCGUACCGCCGCUGCCUCGUCGUCUGCCGCCAGUCCGCCGGCAUCGCCUGCGGCAACGGCGGCCAUGGACUCGCGCCGCGGCGGUGAGCGCCACCAGCGCGCACAGCGUGCCGCCGCUGCCUCGUCGUCCGCCGCCACUCCGCCGGCAUCGCCCGCGGCAACGGCAACGCCGCCAUUCGUGACCCCCGCCACCUCGCCGCACAGCGCGUCGGCGUCGUCGUCGUCCACUGGCAGCGGCGCGGUGCACAUCGGCUCUAGCGUCGGCACCGUCGGCAGCAUUGGAGGAACGCACUACCACAUGAGCAAGAGCGAGCCCGCUUCGCAAGCUCGUCAGCUUCUCGCUACGCAGCGGCAGCUUUCGGCCGCCGUCAAGUUCGUGCACGCUCUACGCCGUCCUUCCCCUUAGUCAUUACCUUAGUGUCCAUGACGAUGAUGCCGCUCUGGCUCCGUUAUUCAAUGACGAUGAUGCGACUGUCGCUCC